AGGGGGUUGCAGCCUCCUGCGAUGGGCUCGGGCAGUUUCCCUGCGCAGGCAUGUGGAGCGCUGUCCGCCCCGCCGGUGCUGAAAGCAGGAGCCCGCGGCGCAGCCCGCCGUUCGACGCCAGUGGCUCGCUCGACCCAAAGGGCUACAGGGCGAGAGGCGGAAACGCUGGGCAGCUGCAGACUGUCGGGGAGACCCUGGCACUGGCCGAGAGUCCGCCUGGAUUCAGGUCCAGAGCUUCACCUCUCACUGGACAAGAUAGAGAAUCGAGCAGCACCAGUCACAACCUCUCCACUGGAACCAGUUACUACAGCUGUGUCAGCCAGAUCACUGUCGGUUUUGAUGCUGGAGGACAGCUAGCUCACGGCCUCUCUGGAUGCUCAGUGCCCCCCUCUCAAGAUGGGGCCCUGUCCCCUCAUCAACGCCAGUACCCACACCCGGACUUCAGGCUGCCUCUCUCCAAGGUCUUCACCUCACAGCUUGACUUCUCAGCAGCCGCCUCUUGCCCAGCCUCCAUCUCCAUCACCCCUGUGCCUUCCUACUGCAGCAGCAGCCAGGAAACCCUCAGUCAGGAAACUGAAGGAAUGAGCGUACCCAUUCAUGGGACAGAAAACUGUGUUCAGGUUUAUCAUCGAAGAAUCGUAUCUAGCUAUCAACGCAACCUUCGCUUAUACAAGAACUCUGCGCUGUCUCCUGUCUCCAGCUCUGUGACCCUCGACAGCUCCUCAAUGGCUUCGAUUGAGUGUAUGGUCAAUAACCAACCUCCGUGCCCAGUGGCUCGAGACGUUAAUGUUUACCUGGGAGAUUCCGAAGGCAGGGAUAGUCCUUCGAAAGACGACGACUCUCUUCUUCACCCCGGCAGUUAUACCAGUGCCUCUGGCAAUGCCAGCGGGCUGGAGUUGGGCAGUGAGGUUGCUGCCAAUGAGAAUAAAGGGAAAGGCAUGUUCUUCAGAGACGGCAAGUGUCAUAUUGACUACAUCAUGGUCUACAGGAAGUCCAGUUUACACAUGGGGAAGCGGGAGAUGUUUGAGAGGAAUCUGCGGGCGGAAGGGCUGCAGAUUGAGAAGGAGGCAUCAUUAACCAAUGAUGAUAUAAUAUUUGUGAAGUUACAUGCCCCGUGGGGGGUUCUUUGUAAAUACGCAGAAUUAAUGAAUGUACGGAUGCCCUUCAGGAGAAAAAUCUAUUACCUGCAUCGGCGCUACAAGCUCCUGAGCAGGAUGGAGAAACGGUUGAGGAAGAUCCGAAGGUGGUUUCCUAGGAAGCCCAUGAGGCUGGACAAGGAUGUAAUGCCAGACCUGGAGGACACGGACUGCUACACUGCUCCUUUCAGCCAGCAGAGAAUACACCACUUCAUCAUAAACAACAACGACACUUUCUUCCACAACUCCACAAGGAGUAGGAUCGUUCACCACAUCCUGCAGAGAGUUAAAUACGAAGAGGGGAAGAGUGCAGUGGGUCUCAAUUCUUUACUUGGCAACAGCACCUAUGAAGCAGCCUUCCCCCUUCACGAGGGAAGUUACAAAAGCAAAAAGUCGGUCAAGACCCACGGAGCCAUGAACCACCGGCAUCUGCUCUAUGAAUGUUGGGCCUGGUGGGGGGUGUGGUACAAAUUCCAGCCUCUUGACCUCGUUCGGCGUUAUUAUGGGGAGAAGGUUGGUCUCUACUUUGCCUGGCUGGGCUGGUACACCGGAAUGCUCUUCCCAGCCGCUGCCAUCGGCUUGAUGGUCUUCCUCUAUGGAGUCUUCACGGUGGAACACUGCCAAGUCAGCAAUGAGAUCUGCCAUGCAACAGAUACGGUCAUGUGCCCGCUGUGCGACCAACACUGCGGCUACCUGCGGCUGUCGGACAGCUGUGCCUACUCCAAGGUGACGCAUUACUUUGAUAAUCAAGCAACGGUAUUCUUUGCUGUUUUCAUGGCGGUCUGGGCCACUGUCUUCCUGGAGUUCUGGAAGCGCAGGAAAGCUGUCAUCGCCUACGACUGGGACCUGAUAGAGUGGGAAGAGGAAGAGGAGGAAAUCCGUCCGCAGUUCGAGGCGAAAUACUCCAAGGAGGAGCGAGUGAACCCGAUAUCGGGAAAAGCCGAGCCUUACCAAGCCUUCUCGGACAAGUGCAGCAGAAUCAUUGUGUCCGCUUCCGGAAUAUUCUUCAUGAUCUGUGUGGUGAUUGUCGCUGUGUUUGGGAUCGUGAUUUACCGCGUGGUGACUGUCAGCACCUUUGCCGCCUUCGAGUGGGGGCUGAUUCGCAACAACUCGCAGAUCGCUACCACGGCAACCGCGGUGUUUAUCAACUUCUGCAUCAUCAUGCUCCUCAACUUGCUAUACGAGAAGGUGGCACUCUUGCUGACCAACUUAGAACAGCCCAGGACAGAGUUGGAAUGGGAGAGCAGUUUCACACUCAAGAUGUUCCUGUUCCAGUUUGUUAAUCUGAACAGCUCCACGUUCUACAUCGCCUUCCUCCUGGGAAGGCUGACCGGGCGUCCCGGAUCGUACCUGCGUGUGCUGGACAGGUGGCGGCUGGAAGAGUGUCAUCCGAGUGGUUGCAUCAUUGACCUCUGCGUGCAAAUGGGAACCAUCAUGGUGCUGAAGCAGGUCUGGAAUAACAUCAUCGAGCUCGGCUACCCGUUCCAGCGCGCUCUCAAAAAGGUUUUUGGAAAACUCUGGAUGAUUCAGAACUGGAUGACAAACAGAAAGUUGAGGCAAGAUCACCACGAUCCCAGAAAGUCUUCCUUCCCUCAGUGGGAGAAGGAUUACAACCUACAGCCCAUGAACACCUACGGCAUGUUUGAUGAAUAUUUGGAGAUGAUUAUUCAGUUUGGAUUCACGACGAUAUUUGUGGCCGCAUUCCCCCUGGCCCCUCUCCUCGCCUUGAUCAACAACAUCAUCGAGAUCCGGCUAGACGCGUACAAGUUUGUCACGCAGUGGAGGAGACCCCUGGCUUCCAGAGCAAAGGACAUUGGGAUCUGGUACGACAUUCUGGAGAGCAUCGGGGUGUUGUCGGUCAUUACCAACGCCUUCGUCAUCGCUGUCACCUCCGACUUCAUCCCCCGCUUGGUGUACGCCUUCAAGUACGGACCUUGUGCUGGGCAAGGAAUUGCAGAGGAAAGGUGUAUGGUGGGUUAUGUGAACGCUAGCCUCUCCGUCUUCCUGGUGUCCGACUUUGAACCGCGCUCCCAGCCUCUGUCCAACGGAACGGCCGCCUUUGGCUCGGAGGUCAAGUACUGCAGGUACCGUGACUACAGGGAGCCUCCAUACUCCAAAGAGGCCUACACCUACACUCUCCAGUUCUGGCACGUGCUGGCAGCUCGCCUGGCUUUCAUCAUUGUGUUUGAGCACUUGGUGUUCUCCAUCAAGACCCUGAUUGCUUACAUGAUCCCCGAUCUGCCCAAGAAUCUGCGUGACCGGAUGAGGCGAGAGAAGUAUCUGAUUCAGGAGAUGAUGUACGAGGCGGAGCUGGAGAGGCUUCAGAAGGAACGCAGUGAGAGGAAGCGCAGCGGCUUGACCUCCCACCACGAGUGGCCGUGAGCGGUAUC